AUGAGGCCUGAGAUUACGGAUGCAGGGGUGACAGAUGAGUACACCCACUAUCAUGCCACACAUCUGAUUGCAUGGAUUUCAGAUCCAUUUGAGUUGAUACCAACUUUUGAGGAUGAGAGGAGGCAACGACGGGGGAGGAGAGGAGGUAGGGGUGGAAGAGGAGGAGGUGGUGCUGGUGGAGGAGGAGGUGGUGGUGCUGGUAUUGGAGGAGGAUAUGGGGGAGAGGGAGAUGGAGGUGGUUUUGGUGGACAAGGAGGAGAUGGGGGAGAGGGAGGUGGUGGGGGAGGUUAUGGUGGAGCAAGAGGAAGUGGAGGUGGUGGGGGUAGGGGUUUUGGGGGUGGAGGUGGAUUUAGAGGUGGAGGUUGUGGAGGGGGUCGAUUAUAG